GUAGUAUUUGUUCACGCGCAUACAGGGAAACUGAACAAGAGAUGUUGAGCGGGAAAAUAGUGAUGGGUCGUUCAUGAACGAUUCGUUCAUUUUGUGUUGGCCGCGCAUAUGCAUUGCGCAACCUCCGUUCGUAUGUUACGUGAAAAUUGCAUAGGCGCUAUACAGGAAAUCAAAGAUUCAAGUCAGUAAAAUGAUCCGAUCUUCCCAUCAAUACGGAAAAACAAAAACUGUCGCCGCUUGUUUGAAAAGACGUGCUGCACAGUCAUUGGUCAACUGCCAUCCGUUGACGUCCACAUCAGCCAAUCACAUGCCUCUACACCCUCCCCCAGCUGAGCGCGUGGACUUAGAGGGCUUAAAGAAGCAGCCAUAAUCAGUGGGUUACAUUUUCUGUGUUGAACGGAGGUGGGAAUCUCGCUGUCAUGGCAAGAACCAAGCAGACUGCUCGUAAGUCCACCGGCGGCAAAGCCCCGAGGAAACAGCUCGCUACUAAAGCCGCCCGUAAGAGCGCUCCAGCCACCGGUGGAGUCAAGAAGCCUCAUCGUUACAGGCCCGGAACUGUGGCGCUGAGAGAGAUCCGCCGUUAUCAGAAGUCCACUGAGCUGUUGAUUCGCAAACUGCCUUUCCAGCGUCUGGUGAGAGAGAUCGCUCAGGAUUUCAAGACGGAUCUGCGCUUCCAGAGCUCCGCCGUCAUGGCCCUGCAAGAGGCCAGUGAGGCUUAUUUGGUCGGUCUCUUCGAGGACACCAACUUGUGUGCCAUCCACGCCAAGAGAGUCACCAUCAUGCCCAAAGAUAUUCAGUUGGCCCGCCGCAUUCGCGGAGAGCGCGCUUAAAUCCACAGUGACGUCAUCCACUUCAACCACAAAGGCUCUUUUAAGAGCCACCUCAAUUCCACUGAACGAGUUUAUUUCCAGUCGAACUUGCUGGUUUAUAAAGCGAGACGUGUUUGCUGUUGUGUCUGCUGACUCGGAGCCGAUCACAUAACGCUCUCCUGUUAACGCUAAAUAGAAAAUACCAAGUUUUAUUACUUGCUCUGUGCAAAUUUGACACUACUAUGCAGCACUCAUGUCUGUUAUUUUAUUAUGCUGCUUAUUUCUCAUUUUAGUCCACUAGUUUUGAUCUCCGUUUACCUUGAUGAGUUUUGGAAAAUAUUUCAUAAUCAAGUGCGGUUCAUUCUGUGUUUCUUUCAGGUCCUGUAGGCGAAAUUAAAACCUGGCUGUUGUAGAUUACAGUUUGGAAAAACAAACAAUUACUAAAUUAUAAAAUAUAAAUAAAAACGAGCGAGAGAACUAAACAAAGGAAACUUAAUCGCGUGGGGGAUGGUACUUUUCAGGAGGUGGGACUAUCAUUUGAAAGCUUUUGAUUGGGUGUCUUUCAGCCCGCCACACUUGUAGCUGUCCAAUAAAAUCAUAUAAUGAGUGUGGCCCAAGAACACACGCCAACAGAGGGUGCGCAUUGUCUCCUUGUAAAAUUAGCAUAGAGGAGGGAAUAAAUACUUCUGU